GGCUUCUCCAAGCGCGAAACCCGGGUUUGCUCUAUUGUGGGCUCGAACAAUGUCAAAUGUCGCGCAGGACCCAGCACCAGCUCCAAGGUGGUCUAUGUCUUCGACAAAGGCGACCGAUUCGCCUUUGACUGCGUCAAGUCGGGCGAGUGCGUGGUGAUCAACGGGGCCACCAACUGCGGCUGGGACUACUUGUACCAGGGUGGGCAGGGCUGCUACGUCAGCGGUCAUUACACUGACAGCGAGUGCACUCUCGGUAUGUUCGGACUG